AUGGACGAAUUCCGACAUGAGCGGCUUAAACUCUCUGGGAGUUUCAUGCGUCUGCUCCAGAUACAGGGGGGAACGAAGAAGGAUAUUAUUAGCCUCCGCAUCACUCAAUAUGCCAUCCACCGACGACCUGCGUAUGUUGCCAUAUCCUACACGUGGGGCAAUGCCGAGCAGACGCGAGAGAUUCGAGUCAACGGUCGCCCUUUUCGGGUUCGAGUGAAUCUGUGGAAUCUCCUACUUCAUCUCCGACAGCGAGGCGAAUGGCGAUUUCUGUGGAUAGAUGCGCUGUGUAUCGACCAGCAGAAUCUCGAGGAGAGGAAUUUCCACGUCCAGCUGAUGGGCAGGAUCUACGACAGUUCCGAGAGGGCAAUCGUGUGGUUGGGGCUGCCGUCCGAAGAUAGAAGGCAGGCCCGCGUCAUGGAAUUCAUCUCCGAGAUGGCGAGUUAUCGCAAGAAACACUCCCCAUCUGCGUUCAGGGAUCUGUUCUUGGUCGACGCCUUCGCGCAGCGUUGGACGAACUUGCUCGAACUGUGCAGAUGCACUUACUGGACACGAACCUGGAUCAUCCAGGAAUUUGUGCAGGCCAGUGACAUUGAAGCCGUCUGCGGCACGGCGAGUCUCGACUGGAAAAACUUCGAAGACGUCGUAAGAUCGAUACGGGAGAUGUCAUUAUCUUCAACGUCUGAGGCUCCCCUACCCCCAUUCGUCCAGCAAUUCAUGCAGACCAUUCCCUUCCGAUUGACAUCACGACGCAUUGCGCACACGGAAUCCACUCUCGAGGAAUUGCUCUCUGAAUUCUACGACUCUAGAUGCGCAGAACGGCGCGACAAGAUCUACGGGGUCCUCGGCAUCGCCGACGACUGCGGUGAGGAUCCUGCCACCGGUGUCUGUCGUGGGCCGCGGCCAGAUUACUCGAAGCACAUUGUCGAGGUAUACUUUGAAGUCUUCAAGUAUCUGCGUCCAUCCCCAAUGCGGCCAAAUCUCCCACUGCAAGCUGUCUGCCUGGCACAAAAGGCAUUGGAGAUAACCCAGGCCGAUAUUGCGAGUUAUGUGGCACCUAUGGCCGCUCGGGGCGAUGAGAACGCCUUGCUGAACACAAACUUAUCGGAGCUCAGUUGCCCACUCGUUCCAGACUACGUUAACGUCAUCGACGAGAUUCUUCCCGGCUGGACCAGCAUGCGCGACCUACGCCAACGUCUCGAACAGGUCGACUGGGCAAAGUACGUCGGCCACGAAGUCAAGCGCAAAACACUCCGUCCCCCGCAGUCGUCUCAGCGCAAAUCCAGUUUCACGACUCCCUCCAAUGGCGGCACCUCAAGCAAGCAGACCGAGUACAUCCGCGCACCGCUGCCGGCAGACCUGGUCGAGAAUGUCCUCGACGCAGCCUCGCAUAGUGACGAACUUCUGCAUCUAUACAACUACCCUUCGUCCCAGGGCUGUAUGGUUCCGGUCGAACACAUCCUCUUGCACACGGAAGAUAAACGACGUGCCUCAAAUCCCAACCUCCUGAAACCAUCCAUCGUGAUAGAGUCGAAUCCCGCCCUUGGAGUGGAUCCGGUCCGAGUUGGUUUCGCAUGCACGGAUGUGCGUCCUGGCGACCUGAUCUGCCAAUUCCACGGCGUUGAUGUGACUCUAAUCGCCAGACGUGUGGGUGGUGGAGGCGACUUGAAGCUCGUCGGCCUUGCCAAAAUGAUCUCCCAUCUCGCUCUGAAGGAAAAGGGCGCUCAUCCCGGUUGUAAGAGCGGUGAUGUCACAGGGAAAGGAUGGUCUGGAAUCGUGCAUUCGAGCAAAGAACAGGCCUUGGGAAACGAGGAGAACUGGCAAAUGCGCACCGAUCCGCUUAGUCUGUGGGAAGUGCUUGGUGCAGGCUGA